AACAAACAAAAAAAACAAAACAACAAAAAAAAAAAAAAAAAAAAAAAAAAAAACACACACAAAAAAAACAAAAAAAAAAAAAAAAAAAAAAAAAAAAAAAAAAAAAAAAAAAAAAAAAAAAAAAAAAAAAAAAAAAAAAAAAAAAAAAAAAAAAAAAAAAAAAAAAAAAAAAAAAAAAAAAAAAAAAAAAAAAAAAAAAAAAAAAAAAAAAAAAAAAAAAAAAAAAAAAAAAAAAAAAAAAAAAAAAAACACACAAAAAAAAAAAAAAAAAAAAAAAAAAAAAAAAAAAAAAAAAAAAAAAAAAAAAAAAAAAAAAAAAAAAAAAAAAAAAAAAAAAAAAAAAAAAAAAAAAAAAAAAAAAAAAAAAAAAAAAAAAAAAAAAAAAAAAAAAAAAAAAAAAAAAAAAAAAAAAAAAAAAAAAAAAAAAAAAAAAAAAAAAAAAAGAAAAGCCCCCCAAAAAAUGAUCUUAAAAAAAAAAAACUGACAAGACGUGAUCGCAGAAAACGCCAGAAGAAGAAGAAGAAGAAGAAACUGACCUGUCUGCGCGCGUGCACAGCCGCUCCGGAACAGAAGCCAGUCACAAGUGUCGUCAUGACUCAGCAGAAAGUCCACCCUAGCUGUGAGCUAUCGGAGUCUCCAUCAGCGGGGGUGAUGACCAGGAUGUGCCAGAGGACCAUUGAGCGAUGA